GUGUCCGGAAAAAGUGGAGGAUCCUGGGACAGGGGAGUGUGGGUAUAUCGUCUACUGUGCACGGCAGUUCGUUGACAGGUCAAAGUGUCAGGUGUCAGAGACGACGUCGGCGGGCGGUGCGGAACGCUGCGAAAUGCCGCGCGUGUCGCCGGACGCGCUCGAUUACCGCGCUAUCGCGCGAAUAUUGGCGACACUAGCGUGACAUGACAAUCGGUGGGUAAUCCGAGCGGCCGAUCGACCGUCGGGGGAUCGGGGGAUGAAAGAGCGCGGCGCCCCGUGUGCGUGUGUUGUGUGUUCGUUCCGAGUGCCGCGAGUGUGUGCGCGUCAAAAUAACGAUCACCAAGUAAUGUCACACGGCGGUGGUGCUCGGCAGUGCUGAGUUCCUAAUCGCGUCGUAGGGUGAACUUGACAGCGACGGAUGUCUGCGGACGGUGACAGGCGCAGGUAGAGGACGGAACGGGCGGCGAAGGCGAGAGAUGCUCCGGGGCCGAGAUGCCGCUGGAAGUGCGCUGAUCGCUAACCUCCUUCCUCUCCCGCGGAUCGCGUUCCGCUACGCCCGGGAAUAACAGUCGACAGUCGAUCGAGAAUCCUCGCCCCCCUCGCGAGGAAACGUCUGCCCCUUUCUCUUCCCCUUGAUUAACGAGUCGAGUGGGAAAGAGCGAGAGAAGGACUUGGGGGAGGUAAUAAAUUUAAUCAAUCCUCCGGACGCGGGAUUUUCUAUUUAUUGAUCGGCGGCGGGGCAGAUUGACAGCCGUCAUGCGAUCGCGUGGAGGCGAGACGAGGAAACGGCACUUUCGAAGGAAACGAGACAAUUUUUAACUGAAUCUCUUAAGAGUUGUAGAUCUGUCAGUCUGUACUCGAGUCAACGGAUCUGUUUGUAACAUUGGGAGUCUCUGUGAGUAAAGAUUGUAGAAGACAAGAUGAGCAGCCAAUUAAAUAUAACAGUUAGGCCGGAAGUAAGAUUGGACGCCAAGUGGUUGAAGACUGACCUACAACGAUUCCUUUAUCGCGAUGGGCUGGCCGAAUUGUGGAACGAGAUGGUGCGAGAUGGCGAAAUUGUUGGUUCUUUCAGCGAUGGUUUAACCAACGCUGCUGGAAUCGUAGCGAAGAAAGGUGAAAAUGGCCAUUACUAUUGCAGUAUGAGAGUGUUAUCUUGUCUUUGCUGCGAUGGGAUUUGUGGCCCGCAACAUGGCUGUAAUUGUACUCCGUGCCAGAAACUGGAUGAGGAAGAAACUGCGAGAACAACAGCAAUGGUUGAGAAGGCUAUGUCUGCAAGACGGAUAAUGGACUCGUGGCUCUGGGGACCACAGCCAUCGUUAACAGACUUGAAAGGAUGCAUCGAUUUAUCGAUUAAGGAGCAACGAAAGUUGUGUUGCGAAGUCGCAAAUAGCACAUUGUCGGCCACACGUUUGAGACAACGCUUGAUAGUCGCUCGAAGAUAUUUCACCGCUUUGUCUCGUCAUAAACCGCAAGAGAUCAAAGAUACCUCAAAUUUACCAAAGUCUAUCGGGAAAUUACAAAAAACGCCGAGACCUAACGAAAAGGCGACCUUAGGAUUAGCGCGCGUCGGUUCACGCGCGGCUCUCAAUUUCUCGUUCGCGUACUUAAGACGGGCUUGGAGAUCCGGGGAAGACGUCGAAUUUUGUAGUGAAUUAUUGACCGAAUCGUUGGAGGCGUUGCAGUCGUUACCGGAGGCGACUCUCUUCGACGAGAGUAACGUUUCUCAAGUCUGGCUGGAGGUCGUAGAAAGAUCGGCAAAAUUCUUAAGACAAGUUGUCACGGGGGAGGUGACCACCGGACGAUCGUGGCGUCCAGUGCCGUUGUCAGAUCAGCACACGGCUCUUUGCCUGUUACUGGAACUGGUUGCGCAAAGGGCCACUCUCUCUAGUUUAUUAGACUCCGUGGUUUUAUUACUUCAUCUCAGUGGUAAACAUAAGAAUCAGGACAAUCGAGUCACGCCGCCCGGAAGCACGGCCCCGCUCGUCCCGCUGUUACGGCGACUGAACAUGAUACCGGCGACCAAGUCUCGCAGGCAUCUCGACCGAAACGUCACACCGGGACCCUGCGAAGUGCUACUUAAAUAUUUACGAUUGCCGGACGACGAUGCCGUGUCCGUCGACCUGAGGAAAGCCGCGGUUAUUGUAAUGUGUAAUUUAAGCAGAUUGGCCGCUCCCCUUCUGCCGCCCGCCAGUGCCGAGUACGGAUUCCCGAGGAACGGAAACGGCCGGCAGACAUUUCAGGAGGUGCUAGCCUGGGGCGGCGUAAAGUUUGGAAACGGCUCCACGCCCUUUUACUGCGAUGCAAUCGCGGAAUUGGGCGUAAAACAGCUGUGCUGCACCGAGCGUGCAUUAAUGAUAUUGUCGUUGAACGGCAACGUUUACAAUAUGUAUCACGGAUCCGAGACUCAGUAUCCGCAGAGAGUGCACGGUUUCUCCGACAAGCCGGUCACGAUGAUCGCGUCUCACGCGGACGGCAAGCAUUACUUGGCGCUGACGCAAGACGGCUGCGUGUAUUCCUGGGGCAACGGAGACGGCGGUAGGCUCGGACACGGUGACACCGUCUCGUACGACGAGCCGAAAUUAAUCGAGGCACUCUUGGAGAAGAACAUCGUGUUCAUAGCGUGCGGCAGUACGUACUCGGCGGCGUUGAGCGCCAGCGGCGAAUUGUACACCUGGGGAAGAGGAAAUUACGGUAGAUUGGGUCACGGUAAUUUCGACGACGUCACGAGCCCGACGUUGGUGACAACGUUGAAGGGCCACACGGUCGUGCACGUGGCCUGCGGUAGCGGUGACUCUCAAACCCUGUGCGUGACCGCGUCCGGCAUCGUCUUCUCUUGGGGAGACGGCGAUUACGGGAAACUUGGCAGAGGCGGCUCGGACGGAUCCAAAACGCCCAAGAUCGUCGACAAGUUACUGGACAUCAACGUGGUGAAGGUGUUUUGCGGCGGUCAGUUCUCCGCGGCGCUGACGGUUCACGGGGAGGUGUACACGUGGGGAAAGGGCGACACGUAUCGCCUAGGUCACGGCAACGAGGAACACGUCAGGUAUCCCAAAGUCAUCGAGUCGUUGAGAGACAAGAAGGUCAAAGACCUGUCCGUAGGCACCACCCACAUACUGGCGCUGACGGAGGAUCAAUUUGUCUACGGAUGGGGUAGAAACGACUACGGUCAAAUCGAUCCCACCUUAGGCCCCGUCAUCUCCGAGCCUACGAUGUGCCCAACGUUAUCCGCGAAGACCGUCAUCGGUCUGGCGUCAAGCCCGACCCAGAGCUUCGCCUGGUGCAUGUCGGCGUGGUCGGGCGGGGCUAGCAGAGUGGCCUUCGUCGUCGACAUAUGCGAGGAGACCUUCCAACUGCUGGACACGCUUCUGUCUAAAUCUUGCGAGGGCCUACCGGGAAUACGACCGCCUACGCAGGAUCGCGAGUGCCUGGCGGUGGCUACGUUAAAUUUGCUCCGUUUGCAGUUGCAUACCAUGUUGACGCAUAAUAUUGACACUAAAUCCGUCGGGCUGGCAACCAGCAGUCCGCUGUUGAGCUCCUUAAAGCAACGCUGUGUCAAUCUGGCAAGCGCGACCGGGAUAUUAGCGACGAUACAAGAAGCGGCGCAAGCGGUUCUGCAGACCGGCUGGAGUAUACUGCUGCCAACGGCCAAUGAGCGUGCGAAAACACUGUCUAGUUUCCUGCCAAAUACUUCGAACAACGUGGAACAAUCGAGUUCAGCGAAUAUAUAUAUAAAUAACGGACAGCGGUUCAUGGCCGAUUUAUUGGUAUCUAGUCUAAUGGUGGACGGUGGAUUGGAGUUAGCGUUGAAGGCUGCGAUUAAAGUGGAGAUAGCGGACAUGCCGGACGAGAAGGAUUUCCUCGAAGUGGGCACGUCGAACGUUGCCAGGAUGAAGAUCGAAACGAGACAGAGUAUGAAAGACGGUUUCAAUUCUGGGAAGAACAUCACGACUAUCUCGCUGCUUCAGCUAAUACAGCAGUUAAUUAGAAACGGCACGUGCAUUACGCAGUCUAGACUGCAACAAGGCUCGUCGCAGCAGACGGAUCGAAAUGAGCAUCUUCGAAGAUUCGACAAUUCGCCCAGCCUGAAUCUUCUGCUGCGCUUCCAACGUCUGCUGAUCGCGCAGGUGUACGAGUGUAUCACGCGCAAGUCACGCACGGAAGAUCUGCACGAUCAGGAAAUGAUGGGCGCGGAGUCGCUGCUGAAGAAGUACAUCGCGCAGAUCUGCGACCACGCGACCGAGAUACUGCCGUUGGCGGCCGAGAUAGGCGGUCGUUCCGUCAAAGAUUUCAUCUCUAUCGCCAGUGUCCUGAAGGCCGACAUAAUCAACGUAUUACUCUCCGAGCUGGUGACGUGCUUGAUAUUGCUGCAAGUAGAUUACUCCAUGCUGCUCAUCGAUAUGAACUGGAUGGAGGUAAUCGCACCGAUUCUGGACUCGCUCGACCACUUCGUGAAGCUCGCGCCGACGAUGGAGAAGAAUGAAGCGGACGAUUUGUCCUGGCCGGGAAUCAUCGCGCCGCUACAUGGAAAUAAGAUACCCAUUCAGGAGGAGCCCUCCUUGAUACGGUGGGCGGACUUGGAGAACCACAAUCGCGACGGCGGCCUCUGGGUCGUGGUGAACAACAAUGUUUACGACGUGCAGGACAUCAGAAACGACGGCUCCUGGUCUCCCUACGAGGUGCUGCAACGAUACGUCGUCGGGCGGGACGAAACUUCAGCGGUGACGCAAUGCGGCGCGCCGUACAGUCAGUUGUCGCCGCGGGGCAUGAUGGACUCCUGUUUCGUCGGUCAUUAUUGCCAGGCCGAGCCCGACGAGAACACACGGGUCACGAUCGAAGUGACCGACGUCUGCUCGUCUCUGCUGGACACGGAAAGAGCCCUGGGAUUUUUGCUGGGCUUGCACGCCUACCGUAUGCGGCAGAGCCUGACGCUUCAGUCGGCGGAGAAGGAAGCCGGGGUGUGGCUCACCGCGAAUUUCUUGCGGGGCGGCCUGCAGGUCCUGCAACCGCCGAAUCCGUACGAGGAGGAGAAGGACGAAGCGAGGAGCAACACGUCGACCGCCGCUAACUCGCCCACGGAGCCGCCGCUCCCGGUGCACGCGAAGAACGAGCAGCAAAAGGAGCACGACGACCGAACGAUCGCAUUUAUACACGCGUUAGCGGAGGCGCAUAAGACCGACGACGGCCAUGUGCGGGCGUUCCUAACGAUAGUCGACAGGUACUCCAAGGCUAACAAUCUAUUCUCUCACGCUGAUUUCUGCGGCGAUCAUCCGGUCGAGGAGAUCAGUCGCGUUUUGAUGGCUGUGAUUAUAAAGCACCUUGGCCUGGGACAACAAGCGUUCGCGCUAGCCGAACAGGAAUUGAAGACCGUCAGCAGCGCGAGACUGAGCAAUCAGCUGGCCGACAUGGCGCGAGCGAUUUACCAGACCAAGUGGAACCUGGUGCGGAUCAGGCAACAGCAGAAUCGCAGCUACAAGGAAGUCUGCGCGCCCGCGCAGGAGAGAUGCAGAUUUCUUCUGUAUGAAGUCAGAUCCGCGACGAGUUACGAAGUUAAAGGGCUCGAGGAUCUGAAGCUACUCCAUACCGUCCCUAAAUUCAAGAGAGCCGCUCGCACGAUCUUGGCCGAUAUUCGCAAGAAUAAAGAUUCAUCCGGCGGAGGCGGUAAGCCGGAGGAUAUUUUGAACGCGUCGAUACAAAACGCCAAAACGAAAAACAAACCGGACGGGGAUACGACGUCCUCCUCCAAGGAAGGUCUGACCGCCGCGACUUCCUCCUCCGCGAAACUGGAAGAUAUAUUGGAUAUAAAGAACAAGAUUAUGCAGUUGACGGAGAAGAUUCGAUGCGGACCGAUGCAGUGGGCCACUGCCGACUACAAUGGCUUAAUGACAAGUAUUAUCGAAUUCGUCAUCAACGACGGCAUUGGCGGGGACGUCGAGACGUUGCGCCGUGCGAUGUACUGCCAGAUGCAACGCGCCCGUGUGCGGGAACAAGGUAUCUCCAUGAUGCGGGAGUUAUUGAAAAGAGACUAUCUGAUACCGUCGGUAAAAUAUUCUCUGCUUAACGGCUGGCUCGGCCUGACCUACGAGAACAAGUCUCUGAGCGACGGGAUAACGCAUUGCCUGUAUAAUAUACAGUUAACGACCCCGUAUCAAAAGUCGAAAGUUAUCCUGGCUGAGGCCGAGGUGAUCUCAUGGGCGGUACAAGCACUGCGGACAUACGUCAUACAGGCGGAGCUGCCGAACAAGCAGAAGGUCAGCGGGAAGAGCAGCUUGAAUCAGGGUACUUACACUUGGCUGCGAAAAUUACCGAGAGCGAGAUUCCUGCUGACUAUCCUCGGUAUGCUGACCAAUCACCAGUGUGCCAACGAGAUCGGGCUGCUGGUCAAUUCGGGCCUGUUAUCGAGCAUCUUGACUUUACUGCGGCAAAUCGGACCGUCGUCGGCGAGUUUCUGCGAGGGCGGCGAGGGACAGCAAGGCGGAGACGGCGAGGCGCCGAAAGCUAAGACGGAAAUCACGACGAUUUACGAAGAUGCCCUUCAAAAGAACAAGCCGCCGACCGUUCAGCUCAGCGGGAUGGAACUGGCGGCGUUGAUGAAGAUUGGCACUCGGGUUGUACGAGGGGCCGAUUGGAAGUGGGGCGAUCAGGACGGUUCGCCGCCCGGCGUAGGUAGAGUCGUCGGCGAGCUCGGCGAGGACGGAUGGAUUAGAGUGCAGUGGGACAGCGGCGCGACAAAUUCGUAUCGCAUGGGUAAGGAAGGUAAAUACGAUCUGAAGCUCGCCGAUCCGCCGACGCCUCCCGACGACGACAGCGACGAGACUGAUAGCGAUACUUCACUCGACGGGAAUAGAACGGAGAGCACCGGUUUUCGCGGGGAAGAUCUGCACCCGACCACGUGCCUCAAGUCGGCGUCGACGAACUUGCUGCGAAUAAUCUUACUCUCCUGCGGCGUGGAAGCGGAUAAAGUGCCCGCCGUAUCCGUUAAGAUUCUCACCUCCACUCUGCACGGUAUAAUCUCGACUGCGAACAGAUCCGGCGAGUCAACCACGCAGGUUCAACUAGCGAGGCAGCAUCACGAAACUUGGGCUACUUUUAGUCUUUUGAGGGCGAUCGCGAAGUCGACGGGAUUGUGCAAGUCCUUGAGUUCGCAGGCCUGGCUCAACCUUCUUCUGGGUAUUGUCGUCGACGAAACCAAACCCAAUCUCGAGAAGCAAAUCAUGAUCACGAAACUGCUGGCGGCUGUUCUACCUUCAUGGGGGACGGAGACAGUUCUGAGCGACAUGAUACAGUUCUUGGACAAGUCCUUCGGGAUAUUGGGCCAAGUGGCUCUCACGUGCGACAACGUCGCCGGCUCCGAGCUUCACUCGAACAAGUGCCGUAUGUCUUUGACCGCGUCGUACAAUUCUACCGUAGCUGAGGAACUGACGUGGUUGAUUAGAUUUCUGCAUGCUCUUCCUGGCUGGAACGAAGCCAUAAACAGAUUUCUCUCCACGAAGCUGGCGCUGGCGGUGGAUCUCUGGAACGACAGCUCACUUUAUCACAUACAGAUGAAUGAGAACGGUGGCGAAAAUGCCUUCAGAAUCCAAGAGACGGUCAUGGCAACCCUCGUCGUCAUCGGCGGUUUGGAUAAUAGAAUAAGAAUUGGCGGUUUGGUGAAUUGUGACGGCGAGAUAGGCACUGUCUGCAAGUUUACGAAACACUCGAAGAUUGUUAUGCAGCUGUGGAAUGGCAACGGGACGCGGAAGAUAGUACCGUUUCACGCGGUGAAGCGGGUUAACGAGAAAUUCCAGUUGGAGAGAAUGCCUUUAACGGAGACGCUUAUAUCUGUCUGGGCCAAUUUGCUUUUAGGUAUUGCCUGUAUGGAUAAACGACCUGGUGGCAUGCCCGUCAUCGCUGGCACCGUCAACUCCACGAUAUUACGAAGGCAACAGCAACAACUCGCGGCCUUGAACGCCGGGAAGGCCAUGCUCGCUUAUCAGUCGAAAUUGCGGAAGAUCUUGAAAUAUUCGUUAACCAAUGAAAUUAAUGACGAUGAGAGACGUACCUCCACGCUUCUGCAGGAAAUGCUAUUGCGCGCCACGAAGCCACAACCGCUGAAACCGAUAUUUAAACGCAGGGAAUUAGAGGAAGCUGCUCUGGCGAUCUCUCAAUAUCUAGUCUCCGAGUUUAGAUAUAGGCCUAUUCAACGAACCGGCAUAACUUCGGAUCCUACCACCCCUACGUCCGACUGCUCGUUGGUCUCCUUAACAUCGAGUCAAAAAAGAUACUGUAAGAGCAGCACAGCGGCGAGGAAAAGCUCCACGACGGCGCCUGUAAGUCCUUUGGUGGCUCAGUUAAUCGAAAUGGGCUUUCACAGGAAGAGUGUUGAGUUGGCUAUCAAAAGUAUGAGCGUCGCCGAGCAAAGCGUAACGGCAGAAAGUGUGGUGGGCUGGCUGUUGGAAAAUCCGGACGCCGCUCUCAGCGACACGGAGACUCUGUCCAGCUUGGAGGGACUGACUGACAGCAGUGACGAUUCGAUUAGCGAAGAUUUGGACGAUUCACCAUCGGGACAAGAGGGUGCUGCUACGGGUAGCGGCGCACCGCCGACGUACAUGAAGCGCUCGGAUUUCCUGUCGGUGGACGAGUAUGCGAUCUACGUGCGCGACAACGUGGCCCCGGGUAUGCUGGUGCGAUGCUGUAAGAGCUACGAGGAAGUCGAGUACGGCGAUGUCGGCCAGGUAGUGAAAAUCGAUGCGGAAAACUUGCACGAUCUGAACGCGCAGGUUUCGUGGCAACGCAAGGGCGGCACGUACUGGGUGCGUUUUAUUCACAUAGAAUUGCUUGGUUAUCCGCCGUCCUUGCCAGGUCCGCCCGCGUUGAAGGUCGGGGAUAAAGUUAGAGUCAAGGCGUCGGUAACCGAGCCGAAGUAUAACUGGGGUUCCGUAACUCAUCAUUGCGUCGGAGUGGUCACGGCGAUAACUAAUAACGGCAAGAACGUGUCCGUAGAUUUUCCGCAGCAGCACGCAUGGACCGGCUGCGUCGCCGAGAUGGAGAAGAUACCGUCCUGUCAUCAUUCUGUGAUUUGCAACUCGUGCUGCCUGUCGCCGAUUUCCGGUCCCAGAUUCAAGUGCAAGUGCUGCGACAAUUAUAAUCUGUGCGAGAAUUGUUUCUACACCAAGCGAUCGCAUCGACACGGCUUCAAUAGAAUUGCGGAGCCUGGUUCGGCGGCCGUUUAUGCCGGAAAGCCGGGCAGAUACCACAGGCAGGACAUAUCAGAAUCGUAUUUGAUCAACGAUUGGUCGAAGUGCAUCAAGACCUUGAGCGUGUCUUCGCAGGAAAAUUGGGCGAUGCGCCUGGUAAGCGAUUGCGGAUAUUGGCAGAGCUGCGGGUCGCAGGGCAAACACUGGAUUCGCUUGGAGAUGCUACCCGGCAUCCUGGUGCACUCUUUGAAGAUCAUCGUCAAUCCACGGGAUAGUAGUUACAUGCCUUCUGUAAUUGCGGUCAAUGUAGGAGAUUGCUUUUUUAAUUUAAUGGAAUUAAGAACGAUAACUGUACGUUAUUCGGAUACUAGUGUUACGCUUCUUCAAGACAUGAAGGAAUAUUAUCCGUGUAUCGAAAUAGCGAUAAAACAAUGUCGAAAUAACGGCAUAGACUGCAAGAUACACGGUUUGCGCAUAAUCGGUCAGAACAUGUUCGAGAAUCAACUGACGACCUCGGUGUCUUUCCUCGCAUCUGACUGGGAAGUUUUGCAGGAACAAGUGGCGAUACAACGUUGCACCGACGCACCGCCGCAGCAAUCAGCCGUUUACGUGUGGGGCUUGAACGAUAAGGAUCAACUAGGAGGCCUGAAAGGAUCAAAAAUCAAGCUUCCAGUGUACAGCGAAGUUCUCUCGAAAUUAAAACCUAUUCACAUAGCCGGAGGCAGUAAGACUCUCUUUAUCGUUAGCCAAGAGGGCAAGCUGUACGCUUGCGGGGAAGGAACGAAUGGUAGGCUAGGUCUGGGGGACGACAACAACGUGUGCGAACCGAAAGCCAUACCCUUCCUAAGUCAAUUCGUGAUCAAGAAAGUGGCGGUACACUCAGGCGGAAAGCAUGCCCUGGCGCUCACUCAGGACGGUAAAGUAUUCUCGUGGGGCGAAGGCGAGGACGGCAAACUAGGACAUGGAAAUUGUUUAUCACUGGAUAAACCGAAGCUCAUCGAGACACUGAAAUCAAAGAGGAUUCGAGACAUCGCUUGCGGAUCGGGACAUUCGGCGGCGAUCGCGAGUAACGGCGAAUUAUAUACCUGGGGCUUAGGCGAAUACGGUAGACUGGGCCAUGGAGACACUGUCACGCAAACAAGACCGACAUUGGUGCAGGCUUUGGUCGGACAGAGAGUCGUCCAAGUGGCUUGCGGCAGCAGAGACGCCCAAACUAUGGCUCUGACCACCGAUGGCUGCGUGUAUUCCUGGGGCGACGGUGAUUUCGGCAAACUCGGCCGAGGUGGAAGCGACGGCUGUUACACGCCCUUAUCGGUAGAUCGACUAAACGGCUUGGGUGUCACACAGGUAGAAUGCGGCGCGCAGUUUUCCCUCGCCCUGACGAAGUACGGCGAAGUGUGGACGUGGGGAAAGGGAGAUUACUUCCGCUUGGGUCACGGUAACGAUCACCAUGUUAGGAAACCCACGCUGGUCGAAGGUCUACGGGGUAAGAAAAUCAUUCAUGUAGCAGUUGGCGCAUUACAUUGUCUCGCGGUAACCGAUAUCGGUCAGGUGUACGCCUGGGGUGACAACGACCAUGGGCAGCAAGGCAACGGCACGACGAGCGUCAACAGAAAGCCGUCGUUAGUGCACGAGCUGGAGGACGCGAGAGUGAACAGAGUAUCCUGCGGCUCGAGUCACAGCAUAGCUUGGGUACUGGUUGAUCAGCCCAGCAAUGGGAACCAAGAGCCAGUCACCUUCCCGACGGUGAGAGAUCCGUUGGGCCAGAUGUGUCUGGGCCUGAGUAACGCGCCGGAGCAAAACGGCGCAGUUGCUGCAACAAGUGAUGCCGCCGCCACGAGGCCGUCGCUCGCCAGUAUAAUACUCUCUUUAGAGAGCAACGUUGCUAAACAGCAGGCUUUACAGCACGUGAUAAAUGCUCUUCUCAUUAUGCAGGCACGAGUGGCGAUAGUGACGGCUUUGCAGAGCCACUCGAUGCUGAAUGGCUGCGUGUCGAUGAAGCACGCGCCGAUAGCACCGGUGGCGGACGUGAUACCACCGACGGAGGCAGCCAUGACAUCGAGUACCGAGCACGCGGUUUAUCAGAACGUCGGUGACAUCGCGCAAGGCGGAGGAGAGGCACCGGCGAACGUCGCCGAGGCCGUCAAUGUGGCCACCAGCCCUAAGCUGACUCCCGAAUCGGAGGAUUAUCCGUUAGCCAUGUUAGCCAUGUCCAUGUCCAGCUCCGCCAGCCUGUCCUCGCGUGCCUCGAGGAUGUCGACGAGCGCGAUGAGUGUUAUAGCGGCCACUUUAACGUCCAACGCGCAAGUGGUGGGCGAGGACGGCGCGACAGCCUCUGGUUUGGAUGAAUUUACGUCGGCGUUAACGGAAGACGACGCGAGAGUUCUGGUGGAUCUAUUGAAGCUGGCGGUGGCCAAUAGAGUCUGCGUGUCGGCCAAAGAGACGAUAUCCUCGGUACUGAUCGCUCUGGGAAAGGUCAACAGUUCCAUCGGCAGUAUGCUGCUGGAACUGUGCGUCACGGAGCUGGAGGACACCGCGGCUAACAGCAACUGCGUCAAUAACACGCCGCAGCCCGUGGUACAAGAAACGCCGCAUCCCUACAUAGACGACACUACGUUGACCGGCCACGUGAAGAUACCCGGCGCGGAAGCGCUCCGGGUAGAAUUCGAUCGGCAGUGCUCGACGGAGAAGCGGCACGACCCGCUCACGAUAAUGGACGGGAGCGGCAGGGUCGUGGCGGUCAGAUCCGGCAGAGAGUGGACCGAGUGGGGUCCAGAGAUCAAGAUCCAAGGGGACGAGCUGAGAUGGCGAUUCUGCUCCGACGGAUCCGUCAACGGCUGGGGCUGGAAGUUCACGGUGUAUCCUAUUCUGGCGAAAACUGCGCCGUACGAGCUCGGAUCCGACAGGGCAGUAUUGUCGCAGCCGACCAUAGCUCUGGCCGAGCAUCUCCUCAUGGACAACAGUCUGAUAAAUUCCGACAGGAAUGUCGCGUCGCGUUUGGCCACCGCCCUGGGCCAGUGCAGUCAAUUGAGCACUCUGUCCGCGCAGCAGAGGAUGUGGGCGUUGAGAAAAUUGCAGGUGGUUUACACAAACGGGCCGGGCAUAAAGCCCGAGGUGGCGCUCUCCUCUCUGCUUGGUUCUCUACCGCAGGCGCUUUUGAGACAGUACACGUACGAGGAUCCUAUGGUCAGAGGUGGCAAGCAAUUGAUGCACAGCGACUUCUUCAAGGUUCUCGUGGCGCUCGCGUGCGACCUCGAGCUCGACGGAAUGCAAUUCUGCUCCGAGAUGCACAAGUGGUCCUGGUUCCGAAGGUACUGUCUCGCUGCACGCGUGGCGAAGUCGCUCGUCGACCGCAUUCCACUGCCAAAGUCGUUCUGCCACGAAGUGACGAAGCAGCUUAACGAGAUGGCGAUGGACGGAGACGCCGACUACACGAAGGAUCACGAGAAUCAUAACAUAUUCAAGCAGGGACACGACGAGCAGCUGCUGCAGUGGUUGAAUCGUCGCCCGGAGGACUGGACGCUAUCGUGGGACGGGUCAGGCGCGAUUUACGGAUGGGGUCACAAUCACAGGGGUCAGCUAGGAGGCUUGGAGGGUCCGAAAGUCAAGUUACCUGCGCCGUGCGAAAGUCUGUCAGCGCUCAGACCGAUUCAAUUGGCUGGCGGUGAACAGACUUUGUUUGCCGUGACCGCCGAUGGAAAGAUCUAUUCGACUGGCUACGGAGCUGCGGGACGUCUCGGGAUAGGAGGAACGGAUUCCGUUAUGAUCCCGACGCUAUUGGAAUCGAUACAGCAUGUAUUCAUCAAGAAGGUGGCCGUCAGCUCGGGAGGCAAGCAUUGUAUCGCUCUGAGUUCGGAGGGCCAUGUGUAUUCCUGGGGCGAAGGCGACGACGGCAAACUGGGACACGGUAACAAGGUGUCGUACGAUCGGCCGAAACUGAUCGAGGAUUUACUCGGCGUGGAGGUUGUAGAUAUAGCUUGCGGUGGUCAUCACAGCGCCGCUAUUACUAGCGCUGGCUGGCUGUACACUUGGGGAAAAGGGCGAUACGGACGUCUCGGACACGGUGACAGCGACGAUCAAUUACGACCGAAGGUAGUGGAAGCUCUGCAGGAUUACAAAGUGAUCGACGUGGCAUGCGGAAGCGGCGACGCGCAAACGCUCUGCGUAACCGACGACGACAACGUAUGGAGUUGGGGCGAUGGAGAUUACGGAAAAUUAGGCAGAGGCGGAAGCGACGGGUGUAAGGUCCCACUGAAGAUAGAUUCUCUGGCCGGGCUCGGCGUGGUUAAAGUCGAAUGCGGUAGUCAAUUUUCGGUCGCUCUAACGAGAUCCGGGGCGGUUUAUACCUGGGGCAAAGGCGACUAUCAUCGUUUAGGCCAUGGCACGGACGACCAUGUACGUAGACCACGUAAGGUAGCCGCACUGCAAGGAAAGAAGAUCAUUUCAAUAGCAACGGGCUCCCUGCACUGCGUCGCGUGUUCCGACAAGGGUGAGGUUUUCACUUGGGGCGACAACGACGAGGGUCAGCUCGGUGACGGCACCACAAGCGCGCUUCACAGGCCGAGAUUGGUACACGCAUUGCAGGGCAAGAAAAUCACGAGAGUCGCUUGCGGCAGCGCGCACACGCUAGCUUGGAGCACCGCGAAGGCAACGCAAAGCAGAAUGCCGGCGUCCACGCCCAUGGAAUACGAUCUCGUUAAAGAUCUGUCGUAUUCCGUACUGCGCAACAGGCUGGUGCUACUACAUCAUUUCGCGGAACUUUUGUGCCCUGCUUUGGCCAUGUUUCCGAUCACCGGGCAUAUCGGGCUGAGCAAGCUGGCUCCCAUGCUGGUGUACAGCAUAAAGGAAGCGACAUUCCGCAAGGUUAUUCAAGCCACGAUGGUCAGAGAUCGUCAGCAUGGGCCUGUGAUCGAAUUGAAUAGGAUACAAGUGAAGAGAGCCAGAGCCAAGGGUGGAUUAGCUGGACCAGACGGCAUCAAGUCUGUUUUCGGCCAAAUGAUGUCGAAGAUGUCUCUCCUGACACAGGACGUAUUGUUUCUACCUCAUAGAGUAUGGAAAGUAAAAUUCGUGGGGGAAAGCGUCGACGACUGCGGCGGUGGAUACAGCGAGAGUAUAGCAGAGAUGUGUGAUGAAUUGCAAAAUGGCUCCUUGCCGCUAUUUAUACCGACGCCAAACGGCCGCGAAGAUAACGGCACAAAUCGAGACUGCUUCUUGUUGAAUCCCACGGCCGACUCCCAACUGCAUAUGAAUAUGUUUCAAUUCUUAGGCAUUCUAAUGGGCAUCGCUAUACGAACCGGUAGUCCAUUGAGUUUAAAUUUAGCCGAACCAGUUUGGAAGCAACUCGCAGGUAUACCUCUGACACCUGCGGAUUUGACGGAAGUCGACAGGGAUUACGUCCCUGGCUUGCUUUGCAUCAGAGACAUGGAUCCCGACGAAAAAGUCUUUCAAACCUUAGAAAUGCCCUUUUCCACGCCAUCCGCUGCGGGGCAUGAUGUGGCAUUAUCUAACAGAUAUCUUAAAAUAACACCAGAAAAUAGACACGAAUACGUAAGAUUGGCGUUAGAUUAUAGACUCCACGAAUUUGAUGCUCAAGUAGCAGCUGUACGAGAGGGCUUAUCGAAAGUCGUUCCUGUGCCCCUAUUGGCACUAUUUAGCGGUGCUGAACUUGAAACGAUGGUUUGCGGCAGUCCAGACAUACCGCUUAAUUUAUUAAAGUCCGUUGCGACAUACAAAGGUAUUGAAGCGAUGGCACCACUCGUUCAGUGGUUCUGGGAAGUCAUGGAUGAAUUUUCCAAUCAAGAACGAUCGCUUUUCCUUCGUUUUGUUUGGGGCAGAACACGUUUGCCACGCACAAUCGCAGAUUUUAGAGGCAGAGACUUUGUUUUACAAGUAAUGGAUAAGUACAACCCACCGGACCAGUUUCUUCCUGAAAGCUACACUUGCUUUUUCCUUCUGAAAAUGCCGCGAUACUCGUGUAAAGCGGUUCUACGACAAAAACUGAAGUAUGCGAUUCAUUUUUGUAAGAGCAUCGACACCGACGAGUACGCUCGAGUACAAGCCGCAACCAAUUCCGACACCGAAGAUACAGAUAGUUUAGCGAGCGAGGAACACACUUCGCUUUAAAUCGUUCAUUACGCGAAACGAUUAUUUUGUGUUUGAAGUAGCAUUUCUGUUGACUUCUUUAAAAAUGUGUUCACAGAUCCUCCAAAAAAAAAACCCUAUUUUUCUUACACGGUAUAUUUAUACAUAUAUAUACUACACACACUACGCUAAUACUUAAAUAUAUAUGUACUGCUUUUGUAGCACGACCAGUUAAUUGUAUAGUAGAUGUUAAUGAAAAGUGAACAAAUCACUAAGAUUAUUAGGGUUCUCUUAGUCAGUAAUAUAUUAUUUAAGUUAAGGUAUUAUUAUUUACUACAUUUAGCUAAAUAUCGAGCAAUUUACUUAAUUCCGAAAUUUUUUACUAGUGUUUUUAGCGUAACAUCGAAACUAGUUAGCCUUCAAGAAAUAGUUUGUAUAACGUCGUUAUACGUUUCGAGGUCUUUAGAAAUACAUUACGAUUUGCAAAGCA